CGCUCCGCACGGAACCACCUCCAGCGAGGGAGGCCGGGGGACUGCAGCACCGAGAUGAAGGGCUAGACCGAGGGGACGCUGCUCAUGCGACGGCCGGGAGCGCCUGCGAGCUGGAUCUGGUGGAGGAUGCUGCGGCAGGUGCUUCGCAGAGGGCUCCAGUCGUUCUGCCACAGGCUGGGCUUGUGCGUGAGCCGGCACCCGGUCUUUUUCCUCACCGUGCCCGCAGUCCUGACCAUCACCUUCGGCCUCAGCGCGCUCAACCGCUUCCAGCCCGAGGGCGACCUGGAGCGCCUCGUCGCUCCCAGCCACAGCCUGGCCAAGAUCGAGCGCAGCCUGGCCAGCAGCCUUUUCCCCCUGGACCAGUCCAAAAGCCAGCUUUAUUCGGACUUACACACCCCUGGGAGGUAUGGCAGGGUGAUCCUCCUCUCCCCACCCGGGGACAAUAUUUUGCUCCAAGCUGAGGGGAUCCUGCAGACCCACCGAGCCGUGCUGGAAAUGAAGGUGAACCACAAGGGCUAUAAUUAUACUUUUUCCCAUCUGUGUGUGUUGAGAAAUCAGGAUAAGAAAUGCGUGCUGGAUGAUAUUAUUUCAGUGCUAGAGGAUCUCAGGCAGGCUGCCGUCUCCAAUAAGACAACAGCCAGGGUGCAAGUGAGGUAUCCCAACACUAAAUUGAAGGUAUGCUCCUCCUGCAUGCUUCUGCCAAUUAAAGAGGCAGCACUUCAUUUCUUGCCCUAAACAAGCAAAGAAAAUGCAGAGGUCUCAUCCUUAAGACUCAGAAGCUGAUGCUUCUUUCAUUUUUGGGGGGAAAAGAUGGGCAACUGAGUGAAGAAAACAGGCAAUGAAUGGUACGACUAGAUAUUAAGAAAUUCAAAGCCAAACAAAACAAAUGCCAAAAAUGAAAAAAAAAAAGGAAAAAAAAGUUUUUUCUGAGACCCUGCAAUUACAUCUUUGUUCAGGGUUAAUAAAUCAGUGAAUGGAAGGGGGAGGGGGAAUCCUGAACAAUUUGGGGGAUUUCUUUUCAUUAUGGGGCUCAAUGUAUUUCUUAUUACUGAUUACACAUCCACCUGGUACCAUAUCCACCUAUUUACAUCUUCAGCCUGGCUUGAUUUUGACACGAAGGGAGUUUGUGUUUUGGUGCCCUGUGAGUGUGUGUCUGAAAGCAGUGGGUAUGAAUGUAGUAGAGACUCCAGGAAUUAUGUGCAUGUGUGUUUGCAUAGCAAAUGAAGCAGAAAUUUUCUGUGUGUAAAAACGGGGAUGUGCAUCUACCUGAUGUACUAGUUUACUGAGUCUUGCUAUCUUCUUUCCGAUAAAAAAUCCAAACCAAAGCAAGAUUAUUGGAACAGCCCAAUAGCAAAAGAAAAGAAAAAAAUUGACAUUCAGCAAAAAUUGCAAAGAAUGAUUAUUUCGGCAUUAGACAUAUUGUGCUCUUUAAACUUUCAAUUCAAAUUUUGUUGCUGAAAUGAGAUUUCUAAACUCAUUCUACACUGUCGGGACUGAGCUGCUGCAGGCAAGGAGGCAUGCAGUCUGCAGGUGACUGAAGUUUCAGGGACAAAUGUGACUUCCAAAAGAGUCAUUGCACCAUUUGUAUGCUCGACCCUGUGCAUGCUCAGUAGCUGCACGACCAAGAACUCCCAAGACAGGUGUUUCCCAAGAAGAAGGAAUUUUCUUUCUUCUAAGGUGUCUGAGGAUGUGUGUGUGCUUCUGUGGAGGUAAUGGAAUAGAAGGGACCCCAGUUUCAAUAAAUGGAUGAGUUAAUAUAGGAAAUCACUAACAUUUCCAUUUAUUUGAUACAAUCAGCAUCUAUACACAAUUAAAAAAUAACCUUCUCAAGAUUCUUGAGAUAAAGAGGCUCUUUUUCCUGAACUGAAGGAGGAUUUAAUGAACUUAGAAACUGAUUCCUCCGGAAACCUCAUGACCUGCCUCCUUUUAACAUAUUGUCCUUGUUUCAGUGCAUCCAGGGGCUGACAGGAUUUCAGCUUUACAAAGCUGAGCAGCCCUUUGAGGUUUAGUGACACUAGACAGAUGAUUCACUAGCUUGAAAUCUAGGUAAGGGCUUGCCUGCUUCACACUUAUUGAAGGGAGCAUGAUAAAUAUAUGUGGUUGGGCAGCGUGCUUUUUGUUUCUUGAAUCCUUUGUCAUCAAGAUUAUUGCUUGCUAAGAAAAGGAUGUGGUGGGAAGGUGAUUCUCCUAGUGUAUGGUCUUUCAACUGAGUUCUUUCCUGUGCCAAACAUCUGGUGUAAAGAAAGAUUUGAAACUGUGUCAUAUUUAAACUUCAAUUUGUUUUCCCUAUUGAGGCAAGUUUGCGGUUUAUUAAUAUGCAUUAUUAGUUGGAUCCUUUAUUCAGCGAUACUCUCCAGGUGUGAGAACUUUGUCCAAUCAGCCAUUGUGGAUAUAUUGUUUAUCUGGCAAUAUCAUUAUGACAUUUAUGGUACAAACCCCUGAGGUCUUUAAUUCAUUUGUUUGAGAAUCAUUGGGCAUGCUCCUAUAAUUUAUCAGGUGCUUUUCUGGGCACAGGAGACAGAGUUUGGGACAAGAAAAGCAAAGUUCUUACUCUUACGGGGCUUAAAAGUAGUGAUGUCAGUGUCCUCACCCAGAGUAACCUGCAGGCAGGGACUCUGCAGUCUUCCAGUCCACCACUGAGCCAACGCCAUGCUAGGCCUAUACCAGGUGCUCCAUCUAAACUUUUUGGCUGAUUGGUUGGUCGGUCUACACCCAGGUAGGAGGCUGUGGAUAAUCAUAAAAGAAUAGAGUAAUUGAUUAGAAAGGUCAAUGUGGUAAUUAUUCUACUAACCGUAAAAAGAACCGGAGAAUUAUACAUUGCCUCUAUAACUAUAAAGCCCUUAUUCCGAUACAGACUAAUUUCAGUGUUUCCUCAAAUGUGUUGGCUUGACUACCUCUGCAUGGUUCAGUGGGAGUUGUUCAAGCUAUGUUUGGGAAAAUGAAUCCUUUGAGAAUCUUCUGAGAGCAAGGGGCCCUCUCAAGCAUCCCAAUGUAAUCUCACACAUACUAAUGCAAUAUAAAAGAUAGUUGAUGGAGUACCAAAGGUACAUAGAAUGCUAUCAAAGGGUCUCCAAGGACUUCCAGGUCAAGAACUCCCUGGCACAGAGCAAAGUGAGAUGGCCUUUCAUUUUGAGUACAUGUUAUUUGGAAGUGAUUUCAAUUCACGUGUGGCAGUGGUUCUCAGAGAGUGUCCCUAUGAUUCUGAAGCAUGCUAAAGGUUGAGAGUUUCUGGUGGAUGCAAUUUGAGGGAAAAUUUUAUUUAUACAUUUUUUGGCCUUCUAUUUCAUUUUGCUUUCCUCUGUUAUACUUGGGUCACCCCUCUUUCCAACUCUGGCCAAUAUGGAAAAUUUUAGUGCUGGAACAUGCUAUUGGUGGACAGGGAAACAAGAGUUGAGAGAAAAUGCAAAAUAAAUAGCAGUGGCUGAAUAAUGUGAGUAGGAAUCCGCAAUCCUGUGACAUGCAAGAAACACUAGGUCGGUUCUUGGAGAUAAUCUGAAGAUGUAGAAACACUGAUUGACAGAAAGAAGUGGUCAGAAACAGUUAUGAGAAUCAGAAGGGCACCUUUCAAGUAUUAUUAAGACGCCCAAGUAGUCCUGAGCACAGAAAUGUUUAGAACUUCUGAUAAACAUGAUUAUCUUGACAAGGUAAUCCAGACAAGCAGAAACACAGAGAGUCGCCUGGUAUGGAAUUCCAAACAGGCUCAGAUAAAGCUGGUGUGAAAAAAGCAGCAGUCAGCUUAGAAUACUACAGAAGAAAUGAAAUGCAUACACAUUUUCAAAAGCUGUGUAGAAAUGAAACCAAAAUCUGAAAUCCCUACGCCUGUAGAAUAUGAACUCUGCAAUUGUGCCCGUCGUUAGAAUCUUUAGAUUAUUAUAGCGCUGAUUAAGCACAAAGGUCAUGUUUUAUAUUCCUUCUGUACUAUUCAUGUUCCC